UUACGGACAAUUUGGAUAUCGGUACAGAUUUUUCCGUAGCGAGUUUAUAAUUUAAAUUAUACUCUUUGGGUACAUUUUUGUAAUAGGGCAGGUACUUUCCGCCGGCUAGAUUAAAUUAUAUUCUCAAUAUAUUUUAAAACAAAAGGAAGGUAUCUUAUCAACAAAUAAUGUCCCAAACAUUAAAUAUAGAUGGAAGUGUAUUAGAAGGGGGAGGCCAAAUUCUUCGUAUAUCAAUUUCACUGAGUGCUAUCCUCGGUAUUCCGGUAAGAGUAACCAAUAUUCGUGCAGGUCGUAGUAAGCCAGGUUUAGCUGCACAACAUUUAAAAGGUAUUCAAUUAGUAGCCACAAUGUGUCAAGCAAAGAUGAAAGGUGCCAACAUUGGGUCUACAGAAAUUGAAUUCAUUCCUGGUAAACUCAGAGGAGGUCACUAUCUGGCUGAUACACAGACAGCAGGAUCAAUAAGUUUGCUGCUCCAGGUAGCUCUGCCAUGUGCACUGUUUGCAGAUUCUGGUGUAACACUAGAUUUGAGGGGAGGUACCAAUGCUGAUAUGGCACCACAGAUAGAUUACAUGGAAAGAGUUUUCCGGAAUAUUCUAAAACGAUUUAAUGCUGAUUUCAACAUGAAUAUACUACGGAGGGGAUAUUUCCCUAAGGGUGGUGGACAUGUACGUGUGAAAAUGAAUCCAGUACGAAGUAUAAGUGGAGUCUGUCUGACAGAAAGAGGACACAUUCUAGAGAUUACAGGGACCAGUUUUGUUGCUGGAACCUUACCUAUCAAGCUCGCGUAUUUGAUGGCUGACGGAGCAAAGCGAGAACUCACUACGGAGCACAAUGUAAACAUACACAGUUACAAGGAGGACAGGCACAUGGCGCCCGAUAACUGCAAUGGGAUUAUCCUGUCGUGCUCGUCGUCGUCGGGCUGCGCGCUGGGCGCGGACGCGCUGGGCCGGCGCGGCACGGACGCGGCCGACGUGGGCCGCCUCGCUGCGCACGCGCUGCGCACCACGCUGCGCAGCGGCGCCUGUCUCGACCCGCACGCGCAGGACCAAGUGAUAUUGUACAUGGCGCUGGCAGAGGGGCGCUCGUGCGUGCGCGCGGGUGAGGUCACCCUGCACACACGCACCGCUAUCCAUGUCUGCGAGAUGAUCGCAAAGGUGAAAUUUAACAUUCAACAGGAGGGUGAACAGAAUUUGAUCGAAUGUACCGGCUUAGGACUCAUUAAUAAAUUUAUUUUAGGCGAAUAAAGUCAAUAAAUUUAGAUAUUGUAUCUGCAUUUGUAACUUAAUAACAUUUAUUGGUGUGUUAUUAAACUGUAUCCCCAUUUUUGUAAAAAAAAAAAACGAAUUGCCAUAAGAUCAGAUAUCAAGUAUCGACGCAGCAUAUUAGAACCCUAACAAUUCGCACUAUACGGUUGAAUGUUGUGAUGUAACUUUAUGGAUUCCAGAUUACAAUUUAAGUGAAAAAUUCCGUUUUAAAUAAACACGUGUCACUCUUAUUUCAUAGGAAUUUUAAGGAGAUUAAUUAUAAUUAAUGCCAAAAAUGUGUGUCGUUAAAACAGUAUACUAUAUAAUCUGUGAAAUGUAUUAUGACGUAACUAUUAGCGAGUAUAAUUCUGUAUGGUAUAAUUUUAUAAAAUGAUUUAUUUAUUUGCUGAAUGAGUUUCAGUUGUACCAAGUUUAUUUUAGGAUUAAUUUACACAGUAACAGUCCAGUGUAGUUGACGAAGUGUAUAUCGUAUUUAAUUAAGAAAAAAUAUAUAUAUUUAUAAUUAUUUCAGUCAGACUGAGUUUUUUUUAUAUUAGUACAUAAUUUUGUAUUUUUGUUUCCAUGUAAAAUAAAUAUUAUGAAAUACA